AUGCUACAACUGCCUGACCUACGCGUUUUUAAUAGCACAUGGCAACUCGUCCUCGCUACUGCGACUUGUCUUGAGAUACUAGUAGGAGUGAUUUCUCGAGCUUACCUCUCAAAAUCAGAGAGCGGCCUCCCUCUUCCACCCUCCCCUCUCACUCGGAGACUUCGGGGGCACUUCAUACCCCCUCGCAACCCAUUUCUCACUGUAGCGGAAUGGAUUGACGAGCACGGACCUGUGAUUACCAUUCGUUCAAGAACUGAGAAAAUCGUUAUUAUCGGCCGCCACGACGCCGUCGUGGAUAUCACGGAGAAGCAGGGCGGGUUGCUAGCUGACCGUCCUCGCCUCGUUGCUGCUGGAGAAAUCUACAAUGGUGGAUUGUCCGUCAUCUUUAUACCUUCUGGGAACAUGUGGCGUCGGAUGCGUAGAGCACUUCAUACGCAUCUCCAGCCUAAAUCAGCUGAGGAAUAUGAGCCCCUGCAUAUGUCACACGCAAAGAACAUGGUCAUCGACAUUCUUGAAGAUCCAGCUAACUUCCAGAACCAUGCGGCAACUUAUGCUGCAACAACGAUUACGAAAGUUGCCUACGGCCAGACCACGCCUACAUCUGCUACUGAUCCUGAAACCAUAUUUUUCCGCGAGAACCUUCGAUUACUUCGUACAACCCUGCGCCCUGGCGCUUAUAUUGUUGACAUGUUCCCGUGGCUCAAAUACCUUCCUUGGUAUGCCCAAGAGUUAAAAAGGGGGUUUAAAAGGGGCAAGCAGCUCAACACCGAUCAGCUGAACCGCGUGGAACGGCAAAUUCAGAACAAUGUGGAUGUCGGCCCUUCGUUUGUGAAACAUAUGCUAGAAAAUGUUCAGGUUCAUGGCUUGACAGAGACGGAGAUGGCUUUUCUUGCUGGCACUUUCUAUGUAGCAGGAUUUGAUACGACUACUUUGGCGAUAUGCACGGUGCUCAUGGCAGCUGCAUGUUUCCCUGAUGAGCAGGCUCAAGUCCAGGCCGAGCUGGACGCGGUCGUAGGAAGGGAUCGAGUACCGACCUUCGCUGACGAACAGUCCCUCCCUCGUCUGCAUGCCUUCAUCUCCGAGGCUUUGAGAUGGAGGCCGCUAGUUCCCAGCAGAUUGCCUCACCGAACGACCAACGAUGUGGUUUGGAACAACUAUUGUAUUCCAGCUGGGACUACGGUAAUCGGUCAUCAUAAAAAGUCCAUCUCUCGAGACCCAGACGUCUUCCCAGAACCUCAUACUUUUAAGCCUGAGCGCCGGACUAGUGAUCAAGGUUGCCUUAGGGACGACCUUAAAUCCUUCGUCUUUGGGUUUGGUCGUCGCGUAUGCCCCGGUCAACACGUCGCAACCAGGUCGGUGUUCAUUAACUCGCUUCUUAUUCUUUGGGCCUUCCGUCUGACUUUAGAUCCUACGAAGCCCCUCGAUGACAUGACGUACAUGAGGGGAGAGGAUCAGCCAUCCUUUGUUGAAUUCAAGGCGAGGGUUUCAGAGGCCGAGCUCAGACAGAUGAUGCAAAAUGAUCCUGUGUGA